GUCCUCAGGACAGGUCGCGCGUCACCUUGACUAGGGUUGUAUCGUGGAAUGAGGAAAAGAAGAUCACACCAUCUGGACAGAAUACUUUUAGAUAUUAACUCUCAUCGAUAACAACUAUCAGUAAUGUGAAAAUUAGACAUAAUAAAUUGACCGCAUCACAGAAUUUGAAAGAAAUAGUUGUAAGUCAGGUCCAGUUUCAGAAUGUACCGCCAGUGCGCGUGUCUGGUGGAACGACACCGGUCAGAGCUGAGUUUCGCAUUGCUGUUGUCAGGCUAUGCGCUCUACCUGAUUCUUGGCGCAUGGGUCUUCUCCGCCGUUGAGCUUCCAUAUGAGCAACGGCUGCGCGAACAGCUGGAGACCGCCCGGAAAAAGUUUCUCUGGGACAACGCGUGCGUGUCUGACGAACGGCUCGAGGAGCUUCUGACCCGCGCGCUGCAUGCCAAUAACUACGGCGUGUCUGUGCUCGGUAACGCUAGCGAAAACAACUGGGACUUCAUCUCCUCUCUGUUCUUUACCAGCACAGUUCUAACCACCACAGGCUAUGGUCACACUGUACCACUGUCAGAUGGAGGAAAGGCAUUCUGUGUGUUCUACUCUCUCCUCGGAAUCCCCGUCACUCUCCUCUUCCUUUCCGCCCUGGUACAAAGAAUUAUGGUCCUGGUGACACGCCGGCCUGUGGCGUACCUUCACCUGCGAUGGGGCGUGUCCAAACCAAAGUUUGCCGCUGUCCAUGCGGCAUGUCUAUCCGUUGUUGCAGCACUGCUCCUCUUCCUCCUACCAGCGGUAGUGUUCUGCAGGCUGGAGCCUCUAUGGAGCUACCUGGAGUCCCUCUACUUCUGCUUCAUCUCGCUAACUACAAUUGGCCUAGGAGACUAUGUACCUGGAGAGACUCACAAUACCGUUCCCAACUCUCACCGCACGCUAUAUAAGCUGGCUAUUACACUGUACCUGUUGCUGGGCUUGGUGUGUCUGUUGGUGGUGGUGGAGACGUGUUGUGAGCUGCCACAGCUGAAGAGCUUCAGGAGGAGAUUCUACAGAGAAAAUAAUGCUCCAGAGUCAGAGAUCAGAGACCAGGAGGAGUUUAGCAGCACAGAACAUGAUCAAAUGACUGACCACCUAACUGAUCAGCUGACCUUCUCCUCAGUGUCCGCCCAGGCUGCCUCCCUCCGCCAGGACAACACCCCCUGGCAAUAGAAUAAAAUAGAUACUUCACUGUGUAUUGAUGAGAAUGGAAAUUUGUCUUCUGCCUUAUGCCCCUCCUCUCUCUCUCUCUCACACACACACACACACACACACGUUGAGAUGCAGCCGCAGUGCAGCGCCCCUGAAAGGAGAGCCAUUGUGGGGGGUUAAAAUGUCUUGCUCAAGGGAUGGUAUAUAGGAUCAGAAACCAGCAGCCUUCCAUCUGCCAGUUCAGUUCCAUUCCCACGUCGCCUGGUCCGGGGUUUGAACCAGCAACCUCCCAGCUGUUGGGCACAUUCUUUUUGCAUCACCUGGUGCUUUGGUUGGGUGGAGUUUGCACAUUUUAAAGUAGACCAUUACAUUGGUCCUAAAGUGAAAUCUCCACCAACUAGACAAGGGGGGGGUUUGGGUGCUCUACACUUCCUCAUUCAAGCAAAUUAGCUAUACAGUUUGAAUGAGAGAUGUGUGGCUAACCAGUGUGUUGUGGGAUUGUGAUUACUCUAGACCAGGAUCUCCCAAUCUCAGUCACUUUAAAAAUUAAAAAUAAAAAUUAAAUUCAGGGAGUUGGCAUUUCAUGGGAGAUAGUGUCUCACAGCUAAAUAAUGCAAUUCAGUAAAGGUAUAGCUUGAGUGGUAGUGGCGUUGAUGGUACUGCCAGGGAGGGAGAAACAUCAGUCAGACAGACAGGCCCGGAGUUUUGCAUCAGGCACCUGUGUGUCUGAAGUUCACAGCUACUCCUCUGAAGGUAGGCUGAAACAUCCACCACCGAAUGUGUAGCACCUACCUGGGUGAUGCUUCGGCAGAUAUAAGAGCCUGAGAGACCACCACACCUCAGCAGUAAUCAGUAACAGUGUCCUACAAGUCAAGCCUCUGUCAUCUCCUCACACCACAGUCAACAUCCUUCCAGAAACAGGAGCAGGUGGAAUAAAAAGCCGGUGCUGUAUUGAUCAGGCGUCGAUGCAUUAGUCCUGUGUGGCUCAGUUGGUAGAGCAUGGUGUUUGCAACGCCAGAGUUGUGGGUUCGAUUCCCACGGGGGACCAGUAUGGGGGAAAAAAAUAAUGAAAUGUGUGCAUUCACUACUGUAAGUCGCUCUGGAUAAGAGCGUCUGCUAAAUGAUUAAAAUGAAAAUGUUAUUCAAAUUAGAUUAGCCAGCAAGUCAGACUUGCCAUCGUCAGUCAUGCAAUUCCACAGGUCACCACCAGAUAUUUUUGCUUAACCCUCAACUGGUUAUCAAAAAACCCCAAAAGUAUUUAAAAAAGGAAAAAAUAUAUAAAAACACUUCACAAUUGCAAGAAAUAUGUACAAUAUUUACAGAGCUCUAUGCCAAGGCUUCCUCACAUGUCACGACUCCUGCCGAAGUCGAUGCCUCUCCUUGUUCGGGCGGUGCUCGGCGGUCGACAUCACCGGUCUUCUAGCCAUCAUUGAUCCAUUUUUCAUUUUACAUUGGUUUUGUCUUGUCUUCCUACACACCUGUUUCCAAUCCCAUUCAUUACAUGUUGUGUAUUUAACCCUCUGUUUCCCCUCAUGUCCUUGUCAGAGAUUGUUUGUUGUUAUGCUCAUGAUAUUCGAUUAGUGCGGACGGGUUCUUGUACCCACGUUUAUUUUAUUAUGUACUUUGGUUUUGGAGGUUUUGUUUUACGUUAUUAAACUACAUUUAUACCA